AUGGCUGUCACUUUGGCCCUGGACACCCUGCAACCUUCAGUGCUGCUGAUCACUGGCCUGGCCUGGAUAGUGCUAGAGACUGCAGCUGCCAGUGAGUGGAACUGUGCAAAGCCUGUGGAGAUACAACAUGGCCACGUGGAGCACCUGGUCCGGUACUGGUGUGACCCACACUACCAGCUGCAUGGCCCUGGGGAUGGCACGUACAAGCGUGACCAGGAUCAGGAGUGGGUGAACCCUGAGGCUGGCAAGGAGAUGCCUGUCUGCAAGCCAGUGUGUAGGAAGCCCAAGAACCCUCCCCGGCAACUUCAGCGCAUCAUCGGGGGGCUGCUGUCCAGGAAGGGCAGCUUCCCAUGGCAGGGCCAGUUGGUGACCCACCACAACCUCACCACGGGGGCCACGCUCAUCAGUGACCAGUGGCUGCUGACCACGGGCAGGAACGUCUACCUGAACUACAGCGAGAACGCCAAGCCGGAGGAGAUCGCCCCGACGCUGCAGCUCUACCUGGGCAGCCCAAAGAGCUCUGCCCUGGGCAUCGAGAGUGUGGUGCUGCACCCCGAAUAUCCGCGGGACGUGGACCUGGCCCUGCUGAAGGUCAAGCAGAGGGUGCCGCUGGGGGAGAAGGUAAUGCCCAUCUGCCUGCCCCAGAAGAACUACGUGCAGCCCCGGCGGGUGGGGUACGUCUCGGGAUGGGGACGCGGGGCCACCUUCGCCUUCUCUAGCGUGCUGAAGUUCGCGAUGCUGCCGGUGGCGGAGAGCGAGAAGUGCAGGCAGUCCUACGAGGCGCCGAACGCCUCCCACUGGGUCCAGCCCAUUCUCAGCAAUUACACCUUCUGCGUGGGCAUGAGCGAGCUGCGGGAGGACACCUGCUACGGGGACGCCGGCGGCGCCUUCGCCGUGCACGACCCCGACGCCAGCACCUGGUACGCGGCCGGCAUCCUCAGCUACUACAAGACCUGCGCGGCUUCGAAGUACGGCGUCUACGUGGACCUGCGGCGCGUCCUGGAGUGGGUCAAGGACACCGUGGCGGCCGGCUGA